CUGAGUGGCUCUACUCCACCCCCUAAGGCGCCAUGUUUGAGCUGGCAUUUGCUCAUUUACAAAGUGUUAUUGUAAUGUUUACAAUUAAAACAAAUGUUUACAUUAAAUUAUUGUAUAAAUUUAGUAUUAUAAAGAUAAAGGGUAGAGUAGUGAGUUAUCCUUCAUAACGUGGAGUACCCAGUUCCUCAUUGCAUGUCUAGAACCUCUUUGGUAGUCAUUAAUUGAUUCAAAACUUCAAUAUGAUCAAGUCACCCAUCCUUUAAUCCAUGGACAAUACAAAAGAAGAUGGUCAUAUCCUGAUUUUGAUUGGUCACAGCAUUCCAUUUGUAGGCUACAAAAUGUAAUAAACUGUAACUAACAGUUACUGAUUAAAAUGUGGAAAUAGCUUAUUCCCACUAUUCUCCGAGCAGUUUAAUGAAUUUCAAUUUUGUCAACAAUUUAGAUGCUCAGAACUCAUUUAAUAUCUAUACCCAAAAAUACACUUUGAUUCAGUCAGGUACAUGAUUAAAGUUAUUGGGAAUAACUUAUUAGCAAUUAGUAAUCAGUGAUUACUGACCACUCUUUGCAUUACACUGACCGUUGUAUUGAUUUCUGGUGCCAUCUGUGAAAUAAACGUGUUUGUUUCUAUGUCAACUGUUACCAUGACUUAUGUUUUGUUUGAUUUUAUUGGAGGGAUUGUUUGUAGCUCUAGUUUCUUGUGUAAUUUUAUAAGGUCUUUAAAAAGUGAUUAUGAUCUACUCGAAUUAAUAAUUUGUUUAAAUUUUGUUUCUGUCAAUCAAUUCAGCCAUCUAUUGUGUCUAUUCAAUCAUUUAAUAAAACUUAAUAUCCAAAAAAACAUAAUAAACUUUUAUUGUACUGUUUGGCAAAGUCUAUUACCUUAAAGUUCAGAUUAAGAUGUGAUAAGCUCAUAUAAAGUACAAUGCACAUCUCAACUCUCCUUGGUCAUUGUGCGUGAUUAUAUUAUUUAUACUUUGUACUAAAUUGUCUAAAGGCCGAAAAAUGAGUAAAUCUGAAGGAAUGGUACGAAAAUUGAGAGCCCUUGAAAGGCGGCGCUAUACAGAAGAGUUUGGGGAUGAAGAGAUCGAAGGAGCUCGAAUGUUUGAUGUGGAGGAAAAAUUGGUGUCCGAUAAAUUUGACAAAUUAUUUGUCAAAGAGAUGAAAGGUGAAGAGCUUAAUUUAAAGUAUAUUCAAGAGCAUGGAUUUGAUAGCCCAAUUGUAAUAAAAAAUACAAAAGAUCUGGGACUGAAAAUGCCUGACUCAAAUUUUACUGUGUCUGAUGUGAAAAAAUAUGUUGGCAGUCGUCAAAUCAUUGAUGUAAUGGAUGUAACUACUCAAAAGGAUUUCGAAAUGACCAUGAAAGAAUGGUGUCAAUAUUAUGAAAAUCCAGUUCGGGAUAGACUUCUUACUGUGACUAGUCUAGAAUUCAGUGACACAAAGCUUGAUUCAAUGGUUGAAUCACCAACAAUUGUGCGUCAGGUUGACUGGGUUGAUUGGGUUUGGCCAAGACAUCUUAAACACCAGCAAACUGUUUCCACCAAUUCAAUUGGUGAUGUGAAAUACCCUAAAGUACAAAAAUACUGUCACAUGAGUGUCAAAGGCUGCUAUACAGAUUUUCACAUUGAUUUUGGAGGUACUUCAUCUUGGUACCACAUACUGAAAGGUCAAAAAGUUUUUUGGCUCAUUCCUCCCAGUGAAAGAAACAUUCAACUUUUCGAGCAAUGGGUCCUAUCUGGUAAACAAAGUGAUAUAUUUUUUGGAGAUACUGUUGAACAAUGUGCUCGUAUCAGAUUAUAUGAGGGUUAUACAUUUUUCAUACCAACUGGAUGGAUUUAUGCUGUUUAUACACCCGAAGAUUCGCUUGUUUUUGGUGGAAAUUUUCUACACAGCUUUUCAAUUGAAAAACAACUCCGGAUAGCUCAAGUUGAGGAUAUAACUAAAGUUCCUGAAAAAUUUCGAUAUCCAUUUUACCACGAAAUGCUUUGGUAUGUUCUUCAAAGAUAUGUUUAUUGUUUAACUGGUAAAUCACAUUUGACGGUUGAUGUCGAUGGUAAUCCUCCAAGUGAAGGCUCAUCAGCUAAUACCAACAAUUUAUCACUAUAUAGUAAUAGUUUAAUUAAAUCUAAAAAUGGUCAACAUGCUCAUUUAACAUCCUUUGAGUUGAAUGGAUUGAAAGCUAUUAUAAUGUGGCUUGGUCGAUUAACCGGAAAUAAACGUGCAGUACCAGAACUCAUUCAGAAUCCCGAAGCUCUUUUAAAUGAUGCCAAAUUAUUGGUAGAUGACCAUGGAAAUGAUAAUCAUAAAUUGGCUGUUACUGGUCAUCCUUUGUUAUUUUGGAACUAUGGUAGAAAUAAAUUGAAUGUUAAUCCAAUUGAUAACUUAAGCAGUCAUCUAAAUUCAAGUCUAUCUUUUCCCGCAAUUUCACCAAUUGAACCCGCUUUUCCAUCAUCUUUAAUUUCAAAUUCAUCUUCAUCCCUGUCAUCAUCGACAUCUUCAUCCUCAUUGCUAUCACCGUCCCAUAACACAACAACCUCAUCAACUUCACCAACUAUACAUCAAAAUAUAACCGAUUUAUCUGAAAUCAAGCAAAAAGAUGAAAGUCAAGGCUCUCAUGGCAACUAUACAAAAGAUAUUUUGGAUUCAAGUAUGCCAGAACCGCCAAAUAUAUCUAUAACUUCAUUGGAUAUCGUGGCCUCACCUUCUCCACUAGCUGCUAAUAAAAGUGAACGGGAAAAACAGAUUGUUGAAUAUCAGCAGCAACUUGCAAAUAUAACUAGAGAUUUGUUUGUACAAUUAAAUGAAAGAGUUAAUAUGCUGGAAAGAGAUAAAAUGGAACUCUCAAUGGUGCAUGAAGCUGAAAAAAAUCGAUGGAUCAGUGAAUUAUCCAACCAGGACAGGUUAUUAAAAGAAAAGGACGAUUUGAUCGAGGAACUACGAGAAGAAGAGAAAAGAUUAGCAGAUGAAGUGGAUCAAGUUACCAGACAGCGUUCGAGAUUGGAAAUAGAUUUAAGACGAGUAACUGAUGACUGUUCUAGGAAAAUUGAACUCUUCAAAGAAGAAGUCAAUGACAUAAAACUGAAAAAACAAGAAGUUGUUGAUGAGAAAAAUUUCCUGACUAUUCAACUUCGCCAAUUGGAAGAAGAAAAACUAACCUUGGCUAAAACUUUACAGUUAAACAAUGACAAGAUGGCCAAUCUCAACAGAAAAUGUGACGAAUAUAAACAAGAAAAUAGCGAGUUACGACGACUGAUUGCUCGAUUAGAGCAAGAUAAGGAAUCCAAACGAGAUGAAAUAAAUAGUUUGAAGAGCAAAUUGGAAAUCGUUGAAAGUGAACUGGAUAUUUGUCGAACAAAUUUAACUGACUGUCAAGCAAAUUUGGUUCAAGAGGAGCAAACCAUUGAAAAGCUCAUCAAAGAUUUCAAAGAGGUCUCACAAAAUUGCAAAGAUGUUGAAAAAUCCAGAAGUGAUUUAAAAAAGGAAGUUAAAAUUUUGAAAACGAUUAAAAUCCAAUUAGAAAAUGAACUUUCCGAGAAAAAAUCUGAGAUAGAUGAACUUCACCAAACUAUUGAAAAAAAGACAGAAAGAGAGCAAAUGAGAAUGGAAGAAGCCAACAAGGAUAAAGCUAUUUUAGUUGAAACUGAAGCAGAGAAGCAAAUGGUCAAGAAAGAAAAUGUCUCUUUAAAACACAGGAUAAGUGAAUUGGAACAUUUACUCAAAUUGGAAAAAAAUACUUCAAAUAAAAAAGAAGAAGAAAUAAAACGAUUGGACAGUGUCCGGACAAAUUUGGAAACUAAAUUAUCGCAAUCUGAAGAAGAAAUCCUAUCUUAUCAAAAAAAUGUCAAUGAACUGGAAAAAAAAUUGAAAACGAUUGACUCACAAACAAAUCAUUUAAUGAACGAAAAGAAAGAGAUUGAAGAACAUUUGGUUAAACUCAAUUCGGUUUUACGAAGCUGUCUCAAACUGGGUAAUGUGACCCUCAAUGAAAGUGAUAUAACAUUUGAUGAGAUUGUGCCAGUAAAAAAUCGUAAAUCCUAUCUCCUGUCAAGUCUUAUUGACACUGAGUUAUUGGAUGCCGAAUUUGUUCGCUCAGCAAUUAUUGAUCUCCUUAGCAAAGUGGAAGCUUUGUCCAAAGAAAGAGAUGAUCUGAAAACAUGCCUCGAACAAGCUGAACAAUUGGCCGAUAAUAUGAAAGAAAACAAUGGCAAUCUUAAGCUGAAAGUUGAAAAAUUGGAGACUGAUUUAAGGCUUUCAGAGAAGGAUAACAAGACAAUGUCUCGAAAAAUUGAAGAAGCAACUGCUAAUAUCCAAAAAUUGGAAGAAUCUCUAAAUAAAUUCGAUCUGGAGAAGAAAAAUCUAUCAUGUAAAGUUGAUGCUCUUGCUAGUUUAAACGAUAAAUUAGAGAAAGAGAAGCGAAAACUUCAACAUGAACUAAAUUCUUCUAGAACAAAUAAAAUUACUGCAGAUAAAGAUUAUUCUGAUCUAAGAGAACGUUAUGAAUCUAAGAUAAAAAAACUGGAAAUGACCAAAGAAUCACUGGAUGCUCGAAUCUCAUCACUCAUCAAAAACUGUAAUCAACUAACAGAGGAGAAAGAAUCACUUCUAACUGAACUCAAAAUGGUCAACAACAAAUUGAUUGAACUUCAAAAUCAUAAUUAUAAAUUACACUCUGCUCUCAACGAAACCAAUAUGGCAUUAAAGAGAUGCUCCGACGGUGAAAAAGAUCUGAAAAAGAAAGUUAACAAUUUAACUGAUAGCGUUGAACAACAAGAUGCAGCUUCGAAAGACGUUCACCAACAGAUUCGCAAAUUAAAAAAUCAAAUACACGAUCUAAAAAGUGAGAAAUCGUCUCUGCAAAACUCCAUCGAAUUAGAAAGACACAGUAUUAUUCAAACAAAGGAAAAUGUUUCACAAUUGCAGAUGAAAAUUAAACAAUUGGAGGCUGAACUUAAUUUAAGCAAUAUCAAACGGAAAGAAGCCGAGUUCCAGCAAACUAUCUUAACUAAUAGUAACAUUGACAAGGAGGCUAAAAUAAAAGAGCUUAAGGCUGAAUUAUCUGCUCUAGAGGAUCGUCAUAAACAACUAAUGAUCAAUCAAAAAUCCAUGGAGAAAAGUUUUUCAGUUUCAUCAAUUAACCGUAAAAAUGCGGCUAAAAUAGCAGAGGAAGCUGCAGGUACUAUUAGUGUUAUUACGGAGAAAAGUACACUUGCUGAUGAUACUGAUUUAACUACCAAAGGUCUGAAGGCUUUAGAGGAACAAAAUAUCAAGCUACAAAAAAAAGUAAAAAGUCUUCAAAAUUUGAUGAAUGAUGCUGCUAAUGUUUCGCCAAGUGUUAAUGAUUUUUCUGCACUUAAGGAAGCUCAGAGAAAAGCUGAAAGUCUCCUAUUAGAAGAUUCAAAUCAGAGCAACCUUUCGAGUGGAACAGCAAUAAAACGCUGUUCCAGAUCAGAUCUGAAUGAUAGUGGACCAUUGAAAAUUGGACAAAUUGAUCCUGCAGAUGAGAAAAGUCACGGAAAAUCACUAUCGCAAAUAACUCCAGUUCGAUUUAGAACCUCUUCUCGGACCGUCCAGGAAUGUACGAGAACCGAAAGAACCCAGAUAACUUCAACUCCUAUCCAUUCAGCAGCUAUUUAUCGUAUUCAACAUUCCUCUCCUAACAGAAACGGCAAAACAAACAAGUAACUUUCUAAGCAUGAAUUUGUGUGAUUAGCUAAAUUAUAAUUUCUGGUCACAAAAGUUUUAGUAAUGAUACAAUGACUUUUAUUUUAUACGACUUGACUGAAUAUCAGGUUGCUAAUCAAAUUAAAGAUUAGUUUAUACUGAAUAUGUAUAUAUCUUGCAGUUUAUUUCAAAAAAAGCUUCACUUUAGAUUUGUAAACAUUAUUCAAUUGGUCCCAAAUCUUUAUCUGAAAGCUGUAUUUUAGCUAUUGAUUUUCAGCUAUGAUCUUACCUAUUUCAAACGAAAACUCACCUACACAAUUAUCUUGAUUAAAGAUUUUUCAAAAAUAAAA